AUGAACAAGGUGAACUCUAAGAUCGUGGCGAAGACCCUUACCACAUACAACAAAAGGGGAUGGCGCGAGGCGCAGGCUGUUCCUUGCUUUGUAAAAUCACCUUUUGUUUACUGUGGACAUUUCAUCUACUAUACAAAAGCUUCUCACAAACAAAUGAAGCUUGGUCUCGUCUUCCUUGCUGCUGGACUUUUAUUCCCGACUCAGCUUAGAGGGGUGACAUAUGAUUCACAAAAGAAAGAAGGCAAGAAGGAAGAAGAGGAGGACACGGGGAGAUUUCUCAUCUCUCACUCCAGAUCAACGUCAAUAUUUGAGGCAGUCUCGGAUACGAAGGAUGGUGGGGGAUCAUUCGAAUAUGUAACUCGUGAAAAUGGCUCUGAAGAUAUGGUAUGGCGAGUAGGUGAGUGGAACGGCGCAACCGAGGGGCAACGUGGGGCGAAAUCGUUAGAUUCUAGAAAUCGGGAUGAUGGGCGCGGUUUCUGUUUAGAAAAAGAGAAUCCAUGA